AUGGUCGGAGAAUGGUUUGCAUCCUACGUCCUAAAUAAACUGGCUGACAUGGUCGCGUUGCAUUUGAGGGACCAGCAUGAUCUGCUCACUGGUGUUAGGACCAUGGUGGAGGAUGUGAAGGCUAGACUUCCUCGUAUCCAAGCCGCGAUCCAAGCAGCAGAGGGGAGGCCGAUCAGGGACCCAGCUCUGGCCACAUGGCUGAGGGAACUCAAAGAUGCUGCCUACGAGGCCGACGAUGUGCUGGAUGAGCUUGAAUUCAAGGAGCUACAUGAUAAGCUGCACGACAAGAGCAAGGUGAGAGACUUUGCAUCCUCUGCUGUUAAGCUUCUCAAGCAUUUUAUGAUGUUCGACGACGACCUCAAAAACUUGAAGAAUCUCGUGGAAAAUCUUGACAAGAUUUAUACUGAUAUCAAUUGCAAAGAAGAACAAUUAAAGGCCUACAGCUCAAGGCAGAUGAGUGUGACCAGAGAGACCAGCUCGAUUAUCCAGGAUAUUGUGUUUGGGAGAGACCAAGAGAGAGACAUGAUGUUAGAUGUGCUGUUGCAUUUAGCUGCUGAUGAACCGAAAUCUAGCAUCGCAUGUGGGGCUGAGACUAGUAGCUGCCCUAGUCUUGGUGUUCUUCCUGUAGUCGGCAUCGGAGGUGUUGGCAAGACCACUCUGGCUCAACUUAUUUAUAAUGAUGAAAGAGUAGCAAGGCACUUUGAGCUGAGGAGGUGGGUCUAUGUGUCUGACAAUUUUGAUGUCAAGCGGAUCGCUAAAGAGCUGGUAUAUUCCUCGACAGAUGACCGGAUCUCCCACGAUAUUAGUUUGGAUGGAAUUCUAGUGAAACUCGGAGAUGCUACAAGGAACAAGAGGUUUUUGUUUGUCCUUGAUGAUGUGUGGGAUGAGACAGGAAGCAAGUGGAAAGAACUCCGUAGUGUCUUAACAUCCGGGGCGAAAGGAAGCAUGGUUUUGGUGACAACUCAAAGUCCAGUAGUAGCAGAAGUCAUGGGCACGAUGGACCCGAUAGAAUUGAAAAGCCUAAAGGAAGAUGACCACUGGAGACUUUUCGAACAUUGUGCAUUUGGUGAAGCCACUCUCGAGGAAGAGCAAAGGAAAAAAUUGCAAACAAUAGGAAGGAAAAUAUCUGAAAAACUACAUGGUUUACCCCUAGCUGGAAAGGUACUGAGUAGUUUAUUGAAGUCCAAACUAGAUGAGGAUUACUGGAAGGUGAUCCUAGAAAGUGAGUGGUGGGAACAUGAAUAUGUUUUAGAUAACAUCCUUCCAUCUCUUGCUUUAAGUUACGAACACUUGAACGCAAAUCUCAAGCAAUGCUUCGCUUAUUGUUCCAUAUUUCCCAGGAGCUAUAUUUUCGAAAAAGAUCGGUUGGUCCAGAUGUGGAUGGCUCAAGGUUUUAUCCAGAACAAGAAUCGAGUAAGAAUGAGAAUGGAGGACAUCGGGGGUCAGAUAUUUGAUGAAUUAGCUAGCAGGUACUUCUUUCUACCAACUCCGGAUAACAAGUACGUGAUGCAUGAUCUGAUAAGAGAAUUGGCAGUUUGUGUUUCGUUGGAUGAAUGUUUGGUCGUUAGUGAUGAGAAAGGAGAAAUUCCAGAGACGAUUCGCCACUUGACGCUUAGGACUGAUAGAAUGGAUGCAUUUGAGGACAGGUCACUCACAUCAAACGACUGCCCAAAUCCAUUUGUAGACUAUGCCAUCUGCAAGUUCUGA